AUGAUACCGCCUUCGCCUGGGCGUCAUCGCAAUGCCGUUGUUGUUCGGGAUCCCGAGUCCCAGCGACUUGAGAUACGCGGCUCUGAAUGUCCCACGUGCCACCAGCCCUUGGGUCGAGCAUCAUCGCCGGAAAGAUCGUUCGAGCGACCAUAUGAAAUGAAUCACGAAUAUGUGGACCCAGAAUACUUUCGCAUGUUAAGAGCAGGCAAUCAUUUCCCACGGGGAAACGGACCUCCUAGUCCUGUCCGCCGACUUGUUCAACCAGCUCUGACAACUAGAUCCGCUACCCGUUCUUCUUCUCCACAAGAACCUAUACCAAGGCAGGAUGAGUCUCAAUUCUUGUCCAGUAGUCCAGGAGUACCCAAAGCUGAAGGCGGCAGAAUCCGUAAAGAAGCCUUCAGUCCGAACUAUUUCAGGAGCUUUUUCGUCGAAGAACGCGUACUUGGCAAAGGAGGCAAGGGUGUUGUGCUGUUGGUGCGACAUGAAAUUGAUGGAUGCCCUCUUGGGCACUUUGCAUGCAAGCGUGUUCCGGUUGGGGAUGACCACUCGUGGCUAGAAAAGGUCUUGGUCGAAGUUGAACUCUUAGCUAAACUCUCCCACCCCAAUCUCGUCUCCUAUCGCCAUGUAUGGCUAGAAGAUGUCCAACUGACUAGAUUUGGACCCAGUGUUGCUUGCGCCUUUAUUCUUCAGCAGUACUGCAAUGGCGGUGACCUCCAUCAGCAUGUUGUCGGCAGUGCGCCUAGAGAGCUUACAAAGGAGGAGCUCAAGGCACAGAUGAGGCGACGGUCAAAAGGUCAAGCGGAAGCCCCAUCAGGCCCAGCAAGGCCGCAAUUGUCAUUUGAAGAAAUAUACUCCCUGUUCAAGGACAUUACAUCCGGCGUGGCCUAUCUUCAUAGCGCGAACUACAUCCACCGGGAUUUAAAGCCGAGUAAUUGUCUUCUGCAUCGCGAGGGAGGCAAAUUGACAUGCCUCAUCAGCGACUUUGGCGAGGUUCAACCAGAGAAUGCUGUGCGUAAGUCUACCGGGUCAACUGGCACCAUAUCGUACUGCGCCCCCGAGGUUCUGAGAAUAGACGUCGCCGGGCAGUAUGGAAACUUCACAACCAAGUCGGAUGUUUUCUCACUCGGCAUGAUACUUUACUUCAUGUGCUUUGGAAGACUACCUUACCAAGGGGCCAAUGCUAUACAAGAGGAGCUAGAAGAUAUUGAUCAACUUCGAGCUGAGAUUACGGACUGGCAAGGUUUCCAAGACGAGCGGCAAGAACGUCCGGACUUGCCGUCCAAGUUGUAUAAGCUCCUUAAGAAGCUGCUGGCUCUUGAUCCGACAGAACGCCCUAGCGCAAAUGAAGUUUUGUUAGCAAUGAGGAGCGAGACAAAUUUCGAUAACAUUACCAAAGGCGACUGGGUGGCCAGUCGGGUACAGAAUCUGGACUCCCCAGUGCCUCCCGGAACCCCUGUCCCAGAUCCUGAAAAGGAGAAGCCUCGUGGACGUACAGGAAGUCGAAAAGGAAGCGUCGACCCAGGCCCACCACAUCUAAACUCUUUUGAAGCCAUGGAAAACCCUACCCAGACAUCACCGCCAAACGCCUUCGUAAAUCAUGAUCCGCACAACCAUCAUCAUUUGGAGUUAAAUCAAGACGAAGGCCGAAGGGGCUCCGAUAUCGUGAAUGGAACACGCUUGUUAGAUGCAGACUCAUCGGAACUACCUGCUUCACGUCUACUAAUGGCACCGCCUCGGACACGGGCAGCGGAGUUCAUAUACCAAAUUUCGAUUUUGAGUCACCAUAUGUCUUCUGGGCUCGGGCUUACUACCGACACGUUUGACUCUAUCUUUCGCCUUGCGAUUUUUUCCUUGAAAGUCGUCACUCUCACUCGGCCAUGCUGGCCAUACGUUGUAAGCUUUGAAGUAGGAACCCCCCUCAUUCUUAUAGCCGCUAUUGAGCUGGGCUGGCCAACUUCUGCUGCCAAUAAUAAUUGGGAUGAAAGAAUUAUUCAGCGUCGGUUAAGUAUUACUACAAGCGUAGCACUGUUGGGCGUUCAUCUCAUUACUCUUUGGGUUGCUCGUCGAUGGGACAUCCUUUGUACACCGCCAUUGCAAGAGGAGUGGGCGGAGUGA